UCCAACAUUUCAAUGCAUAAUUUUAUAAAACAUAAUAUUCCCUUACAAUUCAAUGAUCAUAUAUUAAAUCUUAGUAUUAGCUUGUUUAAUGGGCAGUCAUUUAGAUGGAGAAAACUUGAUUCAUUGGACAAUAAGUAUUUAGAAACAUUUACAGGUGUGAUUGAGCAUGAUAUUUGGAUUAUUAGUCGAGUUAAUGAGAAUGAUAUAAAUUGUGUCAUAUAUACUCAGGAUAAAGAAAAAAUGAAAGAAGAAUUUGUUAAAAAGUUCCAUGAUUAUUUUAGCUUGGACAUUGACAUUGAGCAACAUAUACUAUCCUGGAUAGCCAAAGAUGAUCACAUAAAACCCAUGAUCCAACGUUACAAGGGUCUUCGAAUAUUGAGACAAAAUAUCAUCGAGAAUAUUUUUUCAUUUAUUUGUUCGUCGAACAACAACGUUGCCCGGAUCAGGAAAAUGGUUGAGAGCUUAUGUAUACACUUUGGAGAAAAGUUGGGGGACCUAGAAAAUCAAACAUAUUAUUCUUUUCCAACACUGGACCGACUUUCGCGAGAAGACGUUCAUUCUAACUUGGCUCGAUUGGGAUUUGGUUAUAGAGCUAAAUAUGUUCACGAAGCAGCAAAAUUCAUUGAGAACAAACAAAUGCAAUGGGCCGAGACACGCAAAUCUGAUAUGGGUACGGGAAUGGAGCACUAUCAUUGGCUGGAAAAUUUAAGACACAUGGCUACUUAUGAAACUGCACAUAAAGAACUCAUGCUUAUCCCAGGAAUAGGGCCCAAGGUGGCAGAUUGCAUAUGUUUGAUGUCUCUUAACAAAACUCGCGCAGUCCCUAUAGACACCCACAUUCUGCAAAUCGUCAAAAAGUCGUAUUCCGAGCAUAUAAGCGAUUUAACAUAUAAAAGUCUCAGCAAAAAACGGUAUCGCGAAAUCGGCGAUUUAUUCCGGAACUUAUAUGGAGAAUACGCCGGUUGGGCUCAUUCUUAUUUAUUUACAUCCGACCUUGGCCCAAAUAUAAAUUCAAAAUCUCAAAAAGGAAGAAAAAAAUCAAAAAUAUUUUAAUGCUCUUAUUUUGUUAUCAAAUGAUAUGCUAAUCGCAUAAUAUAUACCCAUGAAGUAUUAAUAAAGUUAAUUCGUUUUUAAGAUAUUCAGAUAAAUCAUACUAUACUUAAUUUUUUUUUCAUUUAUUUUGCCUAAGAAUAUAUUUAAUGUGCGAAAAAGGCAAAUUUUAGCCUGUAAAUACUCGAUUUGUUUCCAUUCAAACUGAAUA